ACUAUAAAUGGCUAGCAUCGUACAAUCUGAUCCAGUGUUCUCCUGAAAGUAACGACGUCACAAUUAAUUAUCAUAAUUUUCUAAACCAUGAAUACAGUUAGGCUUAUCAGUCUAGCUCUAGUGUUGGUAUUUGCACGCGGUGAAGAUGAAGUCUGCACAGACAACAAUUUGGAUUUCAAAAUCUGCAAGAAGGGUAAUACCCUGACACGAAUAACUCACGACCACAGGAUCUUCUCCGGUAAAUUUUUGAGCCUUGAAAUCGAGAGGGAUAUAAUUAUCAGUGAAGAUGCACUAAUCAGUUUGAAUCUGCAGACGCUGACACUGGCAUGUGAUCGUCGCGGCGUAGCACCAGAAACUCCUCUGCCCUCUGUUUCCUUGUCUUCGAAUCUACUCGCGAGUCUGACUAAUUUGACAGAUUUGAAGUUAGAAAAUGUGGAGAUUGAUCCUAUUGGAGGAUUGCUGCGUCUCCCUAAUUCUCUGGACCAUCUGAUUGUCGAAGGUUGUGAGCUCAGCGAAGUGCCAAGUGACACAUUAGCAACAGCUCCAAAACUAGUGGAUCUUUCUCUUCGAAGAAAUCGCAUCCAGACCAUCAAGCCAAAUGCUUUUGCUGGAUUGAAGCACCUGAAGAAGCUUGGCUUGAGUCAAAAUAAUGCCCUCGAACAUCUGGAGGAAGGUUGCUUCAAUGGGCUCGAUAAACUGGAGUCAUUGGAACUAGGCGAAAAUUACAUUACUCUAAGGCCUGGGCUUUUCAAGGGACUCAAUAACCUGAAGAGAUUGUAUCUAUCCAAGUCUUUCAAUGGCAUGGGAUUUGAGCCCUCUCUGCUGCAGGAUGUGCCAAAUCUUGUUGCUCUGUAUGCAAGGUACAAUGGGUUAUCAUCUCUUCAGCCUGGAAUGUUUGAUGCGCUUCAGAAUUUGGAAAACCUUUUCCUCACGGGAAAUACUUUGACGCACAUUCCAAAAGGCGUUUUUAACCAGCUCAAAUCGCUGAAGCAGUUAAAUUUGGGGAAUAAUUCGAUUGAAUCUAUUGAACCUGCUGCAUUUUCCGGACUGAAUCUCACAAGUCUUACUCUCUCACUCAAUAGUCUAGAAAACAUAAAAACUGGAAUCUUCAAUGAUCUGAAUGUCACGAAUCGAUUGUCUCUGAGCGAUAAUCUCAUUUCCACAUUGGACCCUGGGGCUUUUCGGAAUUUAAAUACCCAGCGAUUGGAUUUGGCGAAGAAUAGAUUGACUGAAGUCCAUGCUGAUGAUUUCUUAGACCUCAAUGCUGAUGAAUUAAAUUUGAGUGAAAAUUCAAUUACAACAAUUGCGCCGAAUGCUUUUUCGUCUACUAAACUCAAUCUGCUGGAGCUUGUAUCAAAUCCGAUUAAGGAAGCAGAUAAAAGUGGAUGGGGCCUUUCAAAAUCUGCGGAGAUAUCCAUGGAAUAAAUUAUUCUUGGCAUAAUUUUUCCUUGAUGACACAUAAUCAUGAAGUUUCUGUAAAAUUUUGAAUAGAUUUUAAUAAAGUGGCUGACAUUUCUGUGAUUA